AACAUGGUCAAACACAUGCUGUAAAAAUACUUUACGUCUAAUAUAGUAUUAAAAGCAUGAACCAGGAAAGACUUUUUUAUAGUUACAUAAAUGUGGAGUUCACCCAGUUCUGCUGGGCACGAAUAUCUUCACACAAGAGCAAACAUGACGCUCUAAUCCCCUGGAAUUAACAAGGUUUAUCCCAUAAACACACACACACACACACACACACACAUUGUGUGAACGUGAGUGAAUGUUUUAUAUUGAAAUAAUCUGUGUAUUUAAGAGUAGGAACAAACAAAAGACUUUUGCACUGUUUAUAAAUGUAAAUAAAAUCCAAUAAAGAGGUGUUUACUUUUAAAUAACUAAUUUUCCUCAAAACGUUUUUUGCCUAAAAAAUAAGAAUUAUUUAUGUGUUAGUAGUUUUUUAAUUUACAUUUUAAUUUGUCUUUCUCCAAUAAAAGUAACAAGGUGAACGAACAGAGAGAACUCGUUGAAUCUGACAUCACAAAGACUUCUCUUCACCGUAUAAAAUGAGUCUGAUUUAAAGGCUGAGCUGUUUACUUUUUAAAUACAUUUAACCUACACGGUAUUUAACUUUGUAUUUCAAUUACUAUUUUAAUAAAUUCAAUUAUUAAAGAUAAAUACAGACUACAUUUCAAACGACAUAAAACCAUACAGUUGAUAUUUACGGCCUGCGAAUCUGCUGUAACAAAAUAAAUGAAGAACCCAGAUACAUUUAUAUACGUUGGAUCAAUUUCCGGUGGCUCUUCCUGCUUCAUCCUGACUCCUCUUUGCUAACGACAGAAACUAAUUCGUGUGUGGUUUUUUCCCCCUCAUCUGCGCUGCUGCAUGUGAAGACUCAGCUUUUACCGAACACAGUCGAUACAUCGACACACCGCCAGUCAAUACGUGCCAUUUAAAACAAACAGUCUUCAUUAGAUCUUCGACUAAACGAUGUGUCAUCGCAGUCUUAGUUGCAGCUCGUGAGGGGGAAAAAAAUCUCAGAUUCUUCCCAAAUCCCGCCUCCCUGUGUGGAUUAAAGACAUUUUUCCUCCUAGUAUGACGAGCUGAAAGCGGAAGUUGCUAUUUUUCGGAGGAGAAGUUUCCAGAGGAAUCCCGGGUGCAGCCUCCCACCGUGGUUAUCGCCAUCAUAGCCCGGAACGCCGCUCACUCCCUUCCCUACUACCUCGGAGCUCUGGAGAGACUCAACUAUCCCAAAGAGCGCAUCUCUGUGUGGGCUGCCACAGAUCACAAUGCAGACAACACCACAGCCAUGCUGAAGGAGUGGCUCACAGUCAUGCAGAAAUAUUACCAUUACGUGGAGUGGAGACCGAUGGACAUGCCAGUAUCCUAUGUAGGAGAACUGGGUCCCAAACACUGGCCUAACAGCAGAUAUCAACGCGUGAUGAAGCUGAAGCAGGCAGCACUGGACUUUGCCAGGAAACGCUGGGCUGACUACAUCCUGUACGCUGACACUGACAACAUCCUCACCAACCCAGACACACUCAACCUGAUAAUGGGAGAAAACAAGUCGGUGAUCGCUCCCAUGUUGGACUCUCAGGGAGCCUACUCCAAUUACUGGUGUGGUAUCACUCCACAGGGAUACUACCGUCGAACAGCAGAGUACUUCCCUACCCGUCACCGUCACAGACUGGGCUGCUUUCCUGUACCCAUGGUCCACUCCACCAUGUUGCUGGACCUGAGGAAGGAGGGUAUGAAGAAGCUGGCCUUCUUCCCUCCUCAUGAGGAAUACUCCUGGCCAUACGACGACAUCAUUGUGUUCGCUUUCUCCUGUCGAGCUGCAGGGAUACAGAUGUAUUUGUGUAACAAGGAGCGGUACGGUUAUCUAAACGUGCCGUCCAAACCUUACGACACCCUGGAGGAUGAUCGUCUUAACUUUGUCCAUGUCCAUCUGGAAUCGAUGAUUGAUGGCCCUCCCAUGCUUGUGUCUCAAUAUGUCCACAUGUUCCCAAAACAGAGGGACCUUAUGGGCUUUGAUGAGAUAUAUCUAAUAAAUCUACGUCGCCGUCCUGACCGAAGAGACAGAAUGUUGUUUUCUCUGAAUGAGCUGGAGAUUGACGUGAAGGUGGUGGAUGCAGUGGAUGGAAAUGCACUGAACAGCAGUGAGAUCAAAAUCCUGGGUGUUGACCUGCUACCAGGGUACUAUGACCCCUUCUCAGGACGCACUCUGACUAAAGGAGAGGUGGGCUGCUUCCUCAGCCACUACUUCAUCUGGAAGGAGAUGGUUGACGAGCAGAUGGAUAAAGCCCUUGUCUUGGAAGACGACAUCCGUUUCCAGGCAAACUUCAAACGACGAGCCCUCAGGCUGAUGGAGGAGGUGGAGCAGGUGGAGCUGGACUGGGACAUUAUAUACUUUGGGAGGAAGCAGGUUAAUCCUACAAAGGAGGAGGAAGUGGAAAAUGUCCAUAAUUUGGUGUGGGCGGGUUAUUCCUACUGGACUCUGUCUUAUGCCAUCUCCUUACAAGGAGCCCAGAAACUGCUGAAUGCUGAACCACUGUCCAAGAUGCUGCCUGUGGACGAAUUCCUCCCCAUCAUGUAUGACAAACAUCCCAAUGAGGAUUACAAAUCCCACUUCCCCAACAAAAACCUGCAGGCCUUCAGCACACGCCCCCUGCUGGUUCAGCCAUGUCAUUACGCUGGUGAUCCUGAGUGGAUAAGCGACACAGAGACAUCAACGCUGUGGGACAACGACACAGUACGCACAGACUGGAGAGGUUCCCACAAGACCUUGAAAGGAUCUGCACCAGAGAUGCUCUCAGUGGCCUACAAGGAUGAACUUUAGUGAGGAACCACCCCACUGUGGUGUAGAACAUUCAGAUAAAAGUGUUGUGAAGCCAGAAAACAGAUGCUGAGAAGAUGAACUUUAGUCAGACUUUGAGUCCACUCUGUUUGACCUGGACUUGGGUAUCUGGCACAGAACCACAACAAAGAGCCAUGUGUGUCGAGAUUGCUUGUUGACACAUGGAUUAGUAUGUGUUAGAAUUGGAGAUGCUUCAACUUGCACAGUAGAUUUUUGCAGAACAAUCAAGGAAUUUCUUCUUCUAUAAUAUAUUUUUUUAAAUUUUUUUGUAUAAUGGCUUCAGAACGUAUUUUGAAUGUAUGCUAGCAAGGGUGUGCCCUCUUCUGUUGCUUGCAUGGUUAUGACGCUAAUUACAGUGCUAUCUAAAGAAAAGCCACAGAGACGACCUCACACAGACUGAUGUCUUGUUAAUGACAGCUGCACUGUUCACAACUCCUGGCAAAUCUGGACAGUAUGAUACUGUAAUUGCUUCUUUUUCUCUUUCUCUUUUAUUAUAAUUCACUUGGACCCAUACAUUUUAAAUAUUUUUGUACAUUUUUUUCCAAAUCAUUUUUUUUGUGAAUUUUUAGAUAUAAACUUAGUAAUUCUUGAAUUCGCUUUAGUGCCAGACAGACCAAAACAAUCAAAGUUGGUGUUAGGAAUUCAACAGGAGCUGAUUUUGCCUCUGUAAAACAUUCUUGGUUGCAUUUUGCAUGAUUUGGAGGACAAUUUCAUAAAAAUGUGUUAGCUAUCUUUGGCUAAAUCCUAUAACUGCUUCCUUUGAAUUAGCUGUUGGAGUUUUUCUAACUUUUAGCUACCUCUGGGCUAACAGUUUUAGGUCUCUCUUGGACCAACUGUUUUGUAUUUUCUUAAUGUUUUUGGUUGUUUGAUAAUUCUCUUUCACAGUUUUUGCCAUUUUGUGGCUUCUUAAUUAUUGUCAUAUACUUGCUAAUUAAACAGUGAUUAUAUGACAGUCUUUUUGUGUAUUUUGCUAAUGUUUGGCUUAUCUUGGACUACCUUAGAGGUUAUCCUCAGAGUAAGUAUUAACUAAUGUUUAUGCUUACUUUGGCAGUUUUUGCUAUACAUUGUAUUAACUUUAGGUAAUUUGAGCAAACUUAACACUGUUUCGGGUAUUAGCUUUGCUGUUAAUCUGCUGUUUUUGCUACAGUUUUGAAUAACAUCUUUUAACCAUCAAGUGUGUUUUUUAAUCCAAUUGUAAUAUGUUGAGGAAAUUUUGUCUGAAGCCUAUAAUAAUAAUUGCCAGCGUUUGCAGUAUAAUAUAGUUAUGCUAGCAGGUUAGCAAAAUGGCCGCUCUUUUACACAAAUAUUCCAUAUUUGUUUUGAUUUUUAUGAAUCUGAACAUGUUUCAUAGCACUGCUAUUGUUUGUUCCUGACAGCCCUUGUGGUUUUAAAAUGCAUUGACUGAGCUCAUUCAUAUACAGUAUUUCUGCAUGUUAAGUCAGAGUUUGUUCUCUGCUAAGUUUCUGUGCUGUUAUCUGUCUUAAUUUAUUUGUUGUUUCUCCGUGUGGUUUACAGACGAGUCAUUAAACAUACAAUAAUAAAUAAAAAACUUGCUAUAAAUUACAAAUAAAUGCACAUAGACAUUU